AUGUCGUCAUCAAUAUUAGUUACAACAUUGGCUAGCGUUCAAAGAGAAUUAAUUCGUUAUUGUUGUUCGAUAUGGCUCACAUUUGGUGUUCCAGGUUGUUUACUUAAUGUUAUUCUCCUGUCAAGACGACAGUUACGUGUAACAUCAUGCUGUAAUUACUUUUUAGGAGCAUCAUCAACACUUAUAAUAACUAUAAGUGUAAGUUCUUGUGCAUAUCUGUAUUCACUUAAUCAUCCAGAUCCGAUUACAAUAAUACGUGCAUUUUGUAAGGCACGUCUCUAUGUAUUGCAAACAACUAUGAUGAUGGGACGUUGGAUGAUAACUAUGGCUUGUGUUGAUCGAUAUGCAUUAAGUUCAAGAAACGCUAGUAUACGAAAAUUUGCGCAAGUACAUGUUGCGCGUCGUGUAAUUCCUAUUAUAGUUGUUGUUUGGCUUAUCUUACCUAUUCAUACACUAGUAUUCUAUGAGAUCCGUGAAGCUGCUGGUAUUUGUGCCAUUGUUAAUAAUUGGACAGCAGCACUCUAUCAUAGUAUUUAA